CCGGGACCGAGGCGCGUCGUGCGCGGCUCCGCUGCGAGGACCGGCGGGCGCAGGCAGACAAGGCGCUCGCGUUCCUGCCCAGAGGCGCGGGGAACAGGCGCUGGGUCGGUGAGACCGGGCGACCCGAGCCCAGAAGGAAGCAGAUACACUGGGGAAUGCAGCAGAGCGAGUGUGAAUGCGACACCCUCCCGGCCCGGACAUUCCAGCAGCUCAAUGGCCUCCCCAAAGAAGAAACUUCAGGGUCUCGUUGCUGCAACCAUCACACCAAUGACUGAGAAUGGAGAAAUCAACUUUUCAGUAAUCGGUCAGUAUGUGGAUUAUCUGGUGAAAGAACAAGGAGUGAAGAACAUUUUUGUGAAUGGCACUACUGGAGAAGGCCUGUCCCUGAGUGUCUCUGAACGCCGCCAGGUCGCAGAGGAGUGGGUGACACAAGGGAGGAACAAGCUGGAUCAGGUGGUGAUUCACGUGGGGGCACUGAGUUUGAAGGAGUCCCAAGAACUGGCCCAGCAUGCAGCAGAAAUUGGAGCUGAUGGCAUUGCUGUCAUUGCACCUUUCUUUUUCAAACCGUGGAACAAGGAUGUCCUGAUUAAUUUUCUAAAAGAGGUGGCAGCGUCUGCCCCUGCAUUGCCAUUCUAUUACUAUCACAUUCCUGCCUUGACGGGGGUAAAGAUUCGUGCAGAGGAAUUGUUGGAUGGGAUUCAGGAUAAGAUCCCCACCUUCCAAGGGCUGAAAUUCAGUGACACAGAUCUCUUAGACUUCGGCCAGUGUGUUGAUCAGAAUCACCAACGACAGUUUUCUUUGCUCUUUGGGGUGGAUGAGCAACUGUUGAGUGGUCUGGUGAUGGGAGCAACUGGAGCAGUGGGCAGCACCUAUAACUACCUAGGAAAAAAGACAAACCAGAUGCUGGAGGCUUUUGAGAGGAAGGACUUCUCUUCAGCUCUGAACUAUCAGUUUUGCAUCCAGAGAUUUAUCAACUUUGUGGUCAAGCUAGGUUUUGGAGUAUCUCAGACCAAAGCCAUCAUGACUCUGGUCUCUGGAAUUCCAAUGGGCCCACCCCGACUUCCACUGCAGAAAGCCACCAGGGAGUUUACUGAUAAUGCUGAAGCUAAACUGAAGAGCCUGGAUUUCCUCUCUUUCACUGGUGUAAAAGACGGAAACUUGGAAGCCUGUAGCUAGUGCCUCUCUAUCUAAUCAGGAUGUGUAUUUUGAGACGUCAUCCAUCUUGAAUAGUACAUUCUUUUCUCAGGGACUUUUUAGAUGAAGUUGAACUAAACUUUCUUGUAGCAAAUGAAAUCUCACAUCAAUCAGCAAAUAAAUAUCUACUGUGAGAGUUGGGUGCAUCAGGAUGCACCCUCAAUCCCAGCAAUUUAGGGACGUGUGCCAGCCUCACAACUUGGUGAGACCUUGUCUCAAAAUAAAAUAAAAAGGGCUGUGGAGAUAGUAUAGUUAUAGAGUGCCCCUGAGCACAAUUCCCAGUACUCCCUACAACACAAAGAAAAAAAAAAAAAGAGAUCAUGGACCCUAAGUCAUUUAUAUCACCGUUUUGGGUUUUUUUUUUUUUUUUGGUAGAGAAAUCACUGUUUAUAUGGAUGAAAUGGAAUCAAGGGAAAUUUGUAAUUGAUUAAUUUCAUCUGCUCUUGGGAAUUCCCAUUAAUUUCUGGUUCUCAAUUCUAUUUUAAAAAUCUUCUAAUUUUAAACCACUAUAAUGUACUUUCAUUUUAAUAAAUAUUCAUUUGGAAUCUAGGAAAACUCUCAGCUAUUGCAUUUAAAACAAAAUUACAACAUGACUCAACUAUAAAUAUUAAUAAACCAACUGGCUCACUUG